AUGGGCAGGAGUAAGAUGUGGUUUGACUACUGCAGAAUGACUGAAAAUACGGAGACUAUGGAGCUUCCUUCUCACUGUAGCCUCGGAGACUUUGAUGGGGAGAGCCUUGGUGAUGUCACUAAGAGUGGUACGACGGCUCUUGCGGAUAACGGCAACGAGGGUCCGGGUAUCUCGUUCAGUGAACUUGCAGGGGCGAUCAAGGGACUUCUUGGCGAGAACAGAUCCUCAUUCCUUGUACUGGGCGAGGAUUCGUCGGACAGUUCGUUCACUGACAUCGAGAGUGGCGGCAAUCUUGGGGGACUUGACGCCAUUCUUGCUCAUGCCCAAGAUCUCUCCUCGUUUAACGUCUGA